GAUUUUAUAUGAAAUAAAAAUCAGAAUUCAGAAAUCAUAAUUCUUAGUUCUGUUGACCGAAGUGAAUGAAAAUGGCAAAUCAAUUUUCAAUUUUUUCCGGUCUAUUAUUGAAAUGUCUUCAAAUGGUGAUUAUGGUGAAAGCAUUUCAAAAACAAGAAACUAUGGAUAAUCAAAUGCCGUUGGAUCAAAUGAUGAUGAUACCAUAUAAAACUGUAUAUGGUAUAUCAGAAAAAUGUAUCAAAACAUCUGAUGAUCAUCAAUUGAUUAAGAAAAAUUAUCAAUCCUGUCAGAUAGAUGCAUGGAAAAAAUGGCAUAUCACUUUACAUCAAUUUUACACCGAAUCUGUAAAUUUUUGUUGUUUCGUAUAUGAGGCAUUGCAAUGUGAAAUGAGAAUCCUAUCUAAAUGUGACAUUGAUUAUUCGGAUCACAAUGAAAAAGAAACUCGACGAUUGUUUGAUAAAUCAUGCCAAUCAAUUAUGAAAAAUAAUGCUUGCAACUUGAGUGAUGAUUCUGAUUAUCACAUAUAUAUUUAUUAUGGUCUAAUCGUAAUCGGGUCAAUCGGUACUAUCACGAGUGUGGCAUAUGGUGGCAAGAAAAUUUAUCGUUGGUUGACCACGAGUCGGGAAACGAGGUUGGAGAUGAAAGCAGCUAAGUUAUAUAAGAAGGAUAAAUUCAAUGAACGUUAUGAAAGAGAAUAUAUUCGAGCCGUUUAUGAAGAACAAGUGGACGAUCUUGACGAUGAAUUAUUCCAAAAUAAAUUCAAACAAAUAGCUGAUGGAAAGUCGACAUCCGUUCUCAAACAAGAUAAAAAAUCUGCCAAUUUCAAAAACAAAUCGACUCGGUCGUUUGCGAAAUCAGAAAAAAAAUUAAAGAAAAAAAUAUGGUCCGAUAUUAACAAAGAAUUGAAAAAAGACAAUUCAGAUUUCUGGGAUGAUUUUAAUAAAAAAUCAGAGAAAUAUUACAAAGAGUUAUUAGAUGUGAAAACGAAGAAGGGCUGGAAAUUUUGGUCAUGGUCAAAAAAGGAAACUAAGGAUGUGGAAAAAAACAAGAAAAGAGAUGAAUUCAUCAAAUCUAAAGCUCGUUUGCAAUAUGAAGAGAUCAAAAAAGAUAAUCAACUAAGAUUGGACAAGAAAUUAGAAGCAACACAAAACAAAAUAAAAGAUUCGAAAUUAGAUUUGACCGAUGAUGGAAUUCAAAUGAUAGAAAGAGAAUUAGGGAAAAAGAUAAGGCCACAAAAAAUAGUUGCAGAUAAAGACGUCGAUCCACUUCUGGCAAAAACGAUCAACAUUCUAAAUCAGGAACAGGUUGACGUUCAUCAUGAAAUGUUGCGAACAAAAAACUUUGCCGAAUUCAAAGAAAUGAAUCAACUGGAAACAUGGUCGACGAAAUUGAAAGAUACCCGAACAAGGAUACGAGACAGCCGUAAAAUGGAGGAUAUGCUUGAAACAUUAGAACCAACAGAUGUGAAUAAAAUCCAAGCCAUCAAUGAUACAGAUUUGAAAACCAAAAAACAAAAAUCUCAAGAACUAGAUUCAAAUUUGAAACCCACAAAACAAAAACCUCAAGAACUAGAUUCAAAUUUGAAAUCCGGCAAACCAAAGCCUCAAGAAGUAGAUUCAAAUUUGAAAUCCACAAAACAAAAACCUCAAGAAGUAGAUUCGAAUUUGAAAACCGACAAACAAAAGCCUCAAGUAGAUUCAAAUUUAAAUCAAGAUAAAAAUCAAACUGCUUCUAAAACUGGAAAAGAAAUGACUAAAAAUUCUGAUUCAGAAAUUUCGAACAAAGCGACAACAGAAAAACCUGCAAUAAUUACCAAAACCGAUUCCAAAAAAACACAAGAACCGAAAAAAGAAAAAAAUGCUACAUCGACUGAUCCUAUCUAUGCAAUAAAGCCUGAACAUAGAGAACAGUUAAUAAGAAAAUUGAUGAGACAAGUAGAAAUUGAGGAAAAAUUUUUGGAAAUGGCAGAACAUAGAGAAAGAUAUCCAGGAAUGAAUGUAGAAAAUUAUAGCAAAAGUGAUGCUAUAAGUAAAUUUUUAACUAUCUUUAAGCAAGAAAUUAAAAAUGAUAAAAUGAAUUCUACUGAAUUUGACAAAGACAUUUUAAAAAACAUACCCAAAGACAAGUAUUUAUUACGAUUUGCACUACCAAAAAAUUUUAAAGAUGUAACAAAAAUAACAGCUAAUGUUGUACAAACAAAGACUAUGAAUAUAGACGGAAAUACGGCAAAGCCUCAACAACAUCCAUCAUCAUCAUCAUCACAAUCCAAUAUGCAAUCGACAACAAAUCAAGCAGGAAAGUCAUUAAAACAAACAAUUAAAGAAGUAGCAACACAAUUGCCUCCUGAUCCAUUAACAGAUAUAUUACAUCAAUCUUAG